UGGGCCUUGGGUAACUCUCUGCAGUCGAGGAGGAAUUGCGAGGCCUAGAGUUUGACACUGCGAUCUAUAGUGAACACUAGCAAGUUGAAAAGAAUUAACAGUCAAAUUACAAGUGUUACGAACUGUUAAACUUGCCGUCCAGGAUUCGAAUAUUUAUCGCUACACGUUGUAGAGAUUGAUCACCAUCAUGCGAGAACGUCGCACGUGUCAGCUUCUGCUAAGCCUGAUUACGGCGAAUGUUAUUUUGAUGUCGCAUGGCGUUCAAGGUGGAAGUUAUACCCCAGAUGCCCAACGCUCGGUAGUAAGAGACAGAGAGGAUCCAACGAAAAAUGACAAUGAUGGGCUGAAUACUAAUUCGGUCCAGUGGGAUAAACGGUCCUCGCGAGUAGUUGGUAGGCAUGAAGGGUUGUCGUUGUCACCUCUUGGACACGACAAACCCGGAGAAAUUACUAUGGAUCCCGAAAAGGUGGACACCGAAUUCAAAACAGAUGAUUCAGAUGGCCCGUUAUCGAUAGACUCUUCACCCGGGAAAGGUUCCAAAAUGCAAUCAACGGUACACAGAAAUGGGCUUCGGCGACGUCAUGGUGGCCGGUCAUCAUUGAACCUUGACGACAUUUAUGAGCAGCUGAUAUCAAAACUCAAGGAUAUCGCCAAUCAAGUAUCGAGCGAGAAGUUGCCGAGUUUCGAUUAUCGCUCUUUGCCAAGGUCCUUGCUUGCUCUAGUCAAUACGAUAAUAGAACCCCUUGAGCCGGCCUAUCAGGUACUAGUUAAACCAGUCAUUGAACCAUUAUCUGUCAUCAUCAAUCCCAUUGCAAGCCGCGAAGAUCUAGCAGACUUCUUCGAUAUAUUUCUUGACUACCUUGGCCCCGGGGAUGAACGGUAUGUUAGCCUUACGGAGGCACUUAACGACGUGCUACAACCUCUCGCAACCCCUUUUGAAAAACUUGCAGAUUAUCUAGGUUUUCGCCCUUUAGCCAAUACUGAAGAACACCCAACCACUGUUCCGCCAAUUCCUGGAACGAAACCCGAACCGUUAGAUAUUGAAUUAUCAGAUAUCGAAUCGUUUCUAGAAUGGGCAUUUAAAACAGACCAACAACACGAAACCCACGGUCCAACCACACCUAAAAGUCCGGUGAAUGUGCCUAUUACCUGGUACUUGGAUGGUGCGCCAAACAAAAAUAAUACGAUUAUUAAUCUCCAAAACCUUUUAAAUCCAACGAAAAAUGACGCAAAGCCGCAUAUACCAUCCACAGACAAUCUUAACGACUAUCAGUCAAACCCAUAUGAUUCGGUUUCCCUGAGACCAGGUAAAAAUCCGAAUGAAUUUCAAACUGACGACAACAACCACUUUGUGGAAUUGUUGGAUCCGGCAAAUUAUGCUCAAUUAACAUUGAAUAUUGUCACCCUUCUUCAAAAAUUGACCAAUCAUUCAAAAAUCCAUCGAGAUGACGCCGACUCGACGAGAAUUUUCCGUGAAAUUGAUGGUAACUCAACAUCAACUCGAAGACACCACGGACAUCACAUUCCAGAUAUCUAUCGAAAGAAAUCAAUUGACGAAGACGGACCUCCGUCAGGACAUGGAGGACAUCCGCCACACUCUAGAUAUUCGUCUUCAAAUCCAAUAAAACCAGGCUCUCUGCAAUCUACAGCUGAUCUACUAUCGCCUUACCGGAGAGCAAAUUUUUACUCACCAACGUACAGGCGAUCACGACAUCCUGUUAAACAACACGAUAGCUCUUCCAAUAUUCGACGAAGAAGCAGGUAAACCCUUGCUUUUCUAACAAUGGGCCUCGAAUGAUGCAGAGUACUCCAAUCCUUCGGUAAAAAAGUUUGGAGGGAUUCUGGAUCACGAAAAACGACAACGAGGGCUGGACCGCGGAUACUUGCUUGGUUAUUCUUCUCUUUAUAUGUGAAAUUAAUAUUUCUCUACAGUACGCGUAGGUGUUUUACUUGGUAUUCAAUAAAUAAAUCACAAAAUCGCCA